CAGUUUGACCUUCUGACGUAGUUUUGUUAGCAGCGUCUUUGCUGACAGUCACGUUGUACAACUGAAAAUGAACUAACGUUUGUUUUGAAAAUUUAACGUUAACAUCGGACUGUCACACGGUGAGCUGUAAUUAAUUCAGUGGAAAGUGGGCAGUCUUUAAAGCAGAAAUGAGUUCCCAAAUCCGACAGAACUUCCACCAGGACUGUGAGGCUGCCGUUAACAGACAGAUAAACUUGGAGCUGUAUGCCUCUUAUGUUUAUCUCUCUAUGGCAUACUAUUUUGAGAGGGAUGAUAAAUUUCUACCACAUUUUGCAAAGUUCUUUAGCACACAGUCCAAAGAGGAGCGUGUGCAUGCAGAGAAGCUUAUGAGUCUGCAGAACAAUCGUGGAGGCAGAAUUUUUCUGCAGGACAUCAGGAAACCUGAUAGGGAUGAGUGGGGGAGCGGCCUGGAGGCUCUGGAGUGUGCCCUACAGUUGGAGAAGAGCGUAAACCAAUCCCUGCUAGAUUUGCAGAAAAUUGCAACUGAACACAAUGAUCCUCAUAUGUGUGACUUUAUAGAAACGCAUUUUCUGGAUGAGCAGGUAAAAUCCAUCAAACAGCUGGCAGACUGGAUCUCAAGCCUGCGGCGUAUGGGAGAUCCUCAGAAUGGCAUGGCGGAGUACCUCUUUGAUAAGCACACCAUGGCCAAGGAGGGCAGUUAAAUGUAGUUUCUUGUCCACGCACCUCUGCAUGCCAGCUAUGUAUUUAUGGCAUAUGUUGCCAUUGCUGCUGAGUUAUAUAUGCUCGUUAGCUGUUUGCAAAGCUCAAAUAUACCUCUUGACUUCUGUAGACCUCACAUCAUUUGACCUCAUCUUACGAACACAAAUUAGCCAUUGCAAACAAACACUAAAUUGUGUAUAGAAAUAAAAUGCUGGACAAAACCUUUAAUUAAAGCUAUGUGUCCUUGCAUAGAUAUUACUGAAUUUCAAAGUAAUAAUGUUCUUCUCUUUGAGCAAUAAGUGUGUCCAAAAGGAAUAUUUUAAGGGUUUCCAAUGAGUCAAAUUGUGAUCACUUGCAUUUAAUAGCUCUCUUGUUAUUUGAGGAAAACUGGAUAUGUUACACAAAAUGAUUUUUUUCUAACUGUAAGAUGCUCAAUACUUUAGCCUCUCUUAAUAUAACCCUACUCUCAUCUGCACAGUAGCUUUAAACCACCAGUAGUAGGUGACAUAAAGAUGAGAAUUACAAGCCAGAAAAGUUUGGAAAACAGCCAUAAACAGCAUGUUCUUAAGUAUAAUGUAGACUAUAAAUAGUUAUAGAAAAAACACAUUAAGUUUUAUAAAUACUUUAGUUCCCUUCUCCUCUUAGUUUUUUCUAUAUGUGCACAGAAUGAUGCAAAUAAAUGAGAUUAUACACAUUAACAGAAUGACCAUCAGUGAAAGACAUUUAUUUUUAGUUUGAGUGACAUAGUUAUGUAUUUUGUGUAACUUUGUAUGAGUUAAAAUGUUUUGUCGUUGAAGAUUGUUUUUAUUACGCAGGAUGUGUCUCUUUGCAGGUGUUUAUUUUAUUAUAAAUCUUUCUAGUUUUAAUUUUCAAACUUUACAUGCAGCAUGCUUGUAUAAUGACAGAAUAAAGCAGAAUUA